AUAAGCAGAAGCCUAUUUAAGAGAACCAGCUUUGUGGACCAAUUCAUAACAUCAUCCAUUACCUGACCAGAAUUGGUGGUGAUUAUUUGGUUUUGCUUCGGACCCUGACCACACACCAUGUUGUGUAACAGCCGUCUCAGUCGUGGAAUACUUCUCAUCUGCACUCUUUCAUUGUGGGCAGAAUGUAUUAUGUGUGGCUCCAGCUUCCUCAGCCCUACUCAGAAACCCCAGAGUCGUGGUGACCGAAAACCAGCUCGAGUGGGACGCAGAGCAGCAGCUGAGCAAGAACCUCCUUUACUGUCAGAGGACAAGGUCAUGGUGAGCGCACCAUUUCAGUUCAGCGUAUCUCUAAGUGAGGACAAAUAUAAGGAGUAUGGCCCAGUGCUGCAGAGGAUGCUGCUGGACAUCCUGGAUGAUGUUCCAUUUUUAGAAUGAAAAAUCAACUAAAUCAUCUGAAAUCAUCGACUUAUAAACAAACUGUUUAGCAUAACAUGCAUUAGAUUGUAAGAAUAACAAAAAGAAUAAAC